ACUUACCUGAGUACACUUGUGCGCUAUCAUUUGCCGGGAAGUGAAUCGCGGAAGUGAAAUUGAACAUAACAAAACCGUUGCAGAAUAAAGCCACUGUGCUUCUUUCCAGAAUUAACAAUAUUAUGCUAAAUAUUUACUUACAAGAUAAAGAAAAUCCAAGUUGAAUUUAAUACUUCAAUAAUUUAACGAUGUAUUCACCAAGUAUCGUACUUUGUUUUGCACUUCUGCUUGUUGCUUCGUUGUCGGAAUUUCAGGAAGAUUUUACGAAUAGCGAUGAGCAAAGCGACAACUCGACAAUGCAGUCUGAUUUUCUCGUAAAUUCUACAAAAAAUAAUUGCAAGAAUGACUCGGUGCGAUACGAGUCUCGUGAACAUAUAAUAAAAAAUCUCGAAGAUAAUAAUCAGACAUCUAUGGAGUUCUGUACGAAUUCGACAGAGAUCAAUAAUUUCACGUUACCAGAAAUUAAUGAAACUUUCACCAAAACUGAAGACAAUUCCAUAUCGUAUAAAUACGAUGAUUCCCAUACAACAGUUAAAACUAUCUUUGUUAAAAAAGAAGAGUGCAAUGAUAAUAUUGCUUGCAUUCAGCUCUGUUGUAAUUUUGGUUAUAACUUGACAAUAAAGGGACGAUGCAUCGAACAUCUCGGAGAGAAUAAAUAUACUCUUCAAAACAUGUACGCUCUUCCAAACAAACAGAAGAAUGAUUCUGAGGAUGAAAUAUCUGACAAACUAUUUUUGACUGUUCGUGAUCCAUGCGUUGAACAAGGAUAUGGUCGCCAAUUUAUUUAUGCCAAUACAUACUUGUUACUCACCAAUGGCUCUUUGUAUACAGUUACUGGCGAAUUUAUUUCACCAAAGUCUUAUUGCUUUGCCAUUAUGUUUCGGAAGGUAUAUGAUGUGAUCAUCUGCACUGGUCAGACAAAACUUCCAGUAUAUAUAUCCGCAUGCCACCUAUUGUCUUUGCCGUUCCUGUUGUUGACGUUCAUAGUAUAUUCCGUAUUGCCAGAACUCCGGAAUAUGCAUGGUUAUGCAUUGCGUGCACACGUGGGUUCAUUAUUUAUCACAUACGCAAUUAUAUAUCCUGGCCAACAAGUUUCUGGAUUUGCUGAACUGAAAUCUUGCGUUCCACUAGCAUAUAUCUUGAACUUCUUCUUUUUGGCGAGUUUUUUUUGGCUAAAUGUGACAUGUUUCGAUAUUUGGUGGACAUUUAGAGAACUUCGUUCGCAUCGAAGAGGAGGAAACCAUUAUGAAAAAAAGAAGCUUAUAAUAUAUUCGAGCUAUGCAUGGGGAGUUACCAUCAUUCUCAACGUUAUCUGUGCCAUCGUGGAUAAUAUUCCCAAUCCACCAGAAAAUUUGAUCCGACCAGAAAUUUGUGAAAAAAAAUUUUGGUACGGUGAAAAUGCAGCAAAAACAUAUUAUUUUUACGUACCCGUGGGUAUUACUAUCAUUAGUAAUGUUUUUUUUUUCAUCUGCACAACACUAACGAUUCUGUACCAGAAAAUACAUACAGCUAGUGAGAUGAAAGAUUCGGAGAGUAAGCGCCACGAGGAAAAUAAACAAAGGUUUAAUAUGUAUUUGAAGCUAUUCAUAGUGAUGGGAAUAACUUGGGUUUUCGAGAUACUAUCGUGGGUGAUUGGUACCACUAUUGUGCCAGUAUUCGUCUGGUAUGUCUUCGACGUCAUAAAUUCCUUGCAAGGUCUCAUCAUUUUCAUUGUAUUUGUGUGGAGAAGAAAGAUCAAGCAAAUGCUAUUAAAACAAUUUGGCGGGAAGACUUUCGGUCCAUUUAAGAUUCCAAUGAGCGAUAGUGUAACUUCGAACACUACAACAGCCACUUCGCUAUCAUCCGGAUCAACAAUAUCCAUGCAACAAAUCAGUCCCUCUAAUUAAUAGCUAAUCAUCUCGCAAAAUUUAAUUAGUCCUACUGAUAAAUGUUGCAAUACAAAAGGAAAAUUUUAUUAUAGAUGAGAAUUAACAAUUAAUUAGCAGCAUA